AGUUCCCAUCGCUAUUACAUGCUUUACUAGAGGCUUGGACAUCAGGAAAGAGAAAGCAGAUGUCCUUUGUCCAGGAGGCUGCCCUCUUGAGGAAUUCUCUGUGUUUGGGAACAUAGUAUAUGCAUCUGUAUCGAGCAUAUGUGGGGCCGCCGUCCACAGAAGGCAAAAGUGGUACCCAGGAGGCUACAGGACAAGCAGUGUCCACAGCACGUCCACCAACAGGUAAACGACUAAAGAAAACACCUGAGAAGAAAACUGGUAAUAAAGACUGUAAAGCAGACAUUGCAUUUCUAAUUGAUGGAAGCUUUAAUAUCGGGCAGCGCCGAUUUAAUUUACAGAAGAAUUUUGUCGGGAAAGUGGCUCUAAUGUUGGGAAUUGGAACAGAAGGACCGCACGUGGGCCUUGUUCAAGCCAGUGAACAUCCCAAAAUAGAAUUUUAUCUGAAAAACUUUACAUCAGCCAAAGAUGUUUUGUUUGCCAUAAAGGAAGUAGGUUUCAGAGGGGGUAAUUCCAAUACAGGAAAAGCCUUGAAGCAUACUGCUCAGAAAUUCUUCACAGUAGAUGCUGGAGUGAGAAAAGGGAUCCCCAAAGUGGCGGUGGUAUUUAUUGAUGGUUGGCCUUCUGAUGACAUCGAGGAAGCAGGCAUUGUGGCCAGAGAAUUUGGUGUCAAUGUAUUCAUAGUUUCUGUGGCCAAGCCUAUCCCUGAAGAACUGGGAAUGGUUCAGGAUGUUGCAUUUGUUGACAAGGCUGUCUGUCGGAGUAACGGCUUCUUCUCUUACCACAUGCCCAACUGGUUUGGCACCACGAAAUAUGUAAAGCCUCUGGUACAGAAGCUCUGCACUCACGAGCAAAUGAUGUGCAGCAAGACCUGCUAUAAUUCAGUGAACAUCGCCUUUCUGAUUGAUGGCUCCAGCAGUGUUGGAGAUAGUAAUUUCCGUCUCAUGCUUGAAUUUGUUUCCAACAUAGCCAAAACUUUUGAAAUCUCAGACAUUGGCGCCAAGAUAGCUGCUGUACAGUUUACUUACGAUCAGCGCACAGAAUUCAGUUUCACUGACUACAGCACCAAAGAGAAUGUCCUAGCUGUUAUCAGAAACAUCCGCUAUAUGAGUGGUGGAACAGCGACUGGUGAUGCCAUUUCCUUUACUGUCAGAAAUGUGUUUGGUCCCAUAAGGGAGAGCCCCAACAAGAACUUCCUAGUCGUUGUGACAGAUGGGCAGUCCUAUGAUGACGUCCGAGGCCCUGCCGCUGCAGCGCAUGAUGCAGGUAUCACCAUCUUCUCUGUUGGUGUGGCCUGGGCACCUCUGGAUGACCUGAGAGAUAUGGCCUCUAAACCAAAGGAGUCACAUGCUUUCUUCACAAGAGAGUUCACAGGAUUAGAACCAAUUGUUUCCGAUGUUAUUAGAGGCAUUUGCAGAGAUUUCUUAGAAUCCCAGCAAUAAUGGUGACAUUCUGGCAACUGAGAAAGUACAAGAUCUAAUGUAUAAAUUGUACUCCCAUAAUACUGAAAUACUAUAGCAUACUAGGAUCAGAUACAAAACUAUACUAAGUAUGUCAACUGCCGUUUUAAGCCAAUUAAUAUACCUUAAAAACUCCUGCCUUCAGAUUACAAUUUACAGUAUAUUUUAUUCAAAACACACUGCUGAGGCUUCAUAAUCAUGACCCUUAGAAACUCAGGAGAUAUUGCAGAUUAAAACCUUGAGUUCUAUCAUGCCCAUUGAAUGCAUAGAUAUGCAAAUUCCACAGCACAACAAAAGAAUCUAAUAUUUAGGUCAAAAGCAACAUUCCUUCUCUAAUCAUUCUGUAUUAACUAAAGAAAAUGACGAGAAAUUUAAAUGGAAAACAGCUCUUUAACAUGGUUCAAAUAUAAAAAUCUUGACCCAAAUGGAUGUUUUCUUAAAAGCAAUCAGUAAUAGCUAUUACUCCACAUGUGGAAAUAUAAAGAAAUCAUGUAUCACUCUCUUGUAGUGUACUAUCAUGACAACUUACGAUUAAAAAUAUCACACUGAAUAAGAUAGCAAGGUUGCUUGGUAUUCUAUUUAUCUCCUUAAUUUCUUGUGCAUGGAUAUAUUUGGCUUAUCCUCAAAGUCAUCCAAGUACUUAAAAGAUUAAGUUGGUAAAGUUUUACUUACUGCUUAUACUAUCAACUUCUAGCUUUCAAGAAAAGAACCUUUCAAGUAACAACUGUAAGAAAAAAUAUUAUAGUUUGAAUAUUUAAGCAAUAAAACUGCUAGAGACUUA